AUGGCGACCCAAUUCAUGAACGAUGCCCUCCACGCCCUGCUACGGAGAGCUGCUGAGGACUCCGAUCCCGAUGAUGCCCCCGAGGCAGGGAACAAGGAGAUUACGAGCUCUUGGGCGUUGUUUAUUAUGAUUAUGCUCUUGAUGUUCGCUCUCUUUACCAGCUACAUGCUCCAACAGAAGAAGAUUCAAGCUGUCCAUGAGACGGUUCUGUCCAUUUUUGCAGGCAUGUUUGUCGGCUUGAUUAUCAGAUUAACGCAGUCGACCCUUCAAGACAGCGUCGCUUUCGAUUACCAAUUCUUCUUUAACCUCCUCCUUCCUCCGAUUAUCCUCGCCUCCGGAUACGAACUUCAUCAAGCGAACUUUUUCCGGCAUAUCGGUACUAUACUUACAUUUGCUUUCGCUGGUACUUUUAUCUCGGCCAUCGUGCUCGGUCUGGUUCUGUACCUUUGGACACGGAUCCCGCUGAAUGGGCUGAACAUUUCGUUUGUUGAGGCCAUAUCGGUUGGCGCGACUCUCUCCGCUACGGACCCCGUUACCAUUUUGGCUAUUUUCAACCUGUACAAGGUCGAGCCGAAGCUUUACACCAUCAUUUUCGGCGAGUCGAUCUUGAACGAUGCAAUUGCCAUUGUGUUGUUCGAGACAGCACAAAAGUACGCUGAGAGUGAGGCCGGCUCUUUGACUUUCCUCAACCUCUUUGAGGCCAUUGGCCUUUUCUUGCUUGUGUUCUUUGGUAGUAUGCUGGUUGGCAUGCUGGUUGGAAUUGCAACCGCGCUGGGUCUCAAGUACACUCUCGUGCGGCGCAUGCCUAAGAUCGAGAGCUGUCUUAUCAUUCUCAUUGCUUAUGCCAGUUAUUUCUUUUCCAAUGGCGUGCAUUUGUCCGGCAUUGUCUCGCUUUUGUUCUGUGGCAUUACGCUCAAGCAUUAUGCUUACUAUAACAUGUCGCGUCGCACACAGUUGACCACGAAAUACCUGUUCCAGGUUAUGGCUCAGCUGUCCGAGAACUUUAUCUUCAUUUACCUCGGUCUUGACCUUUUCGUUGAGGCUAACCUCCAGUUCAACCCGUUGUUCAUCUUGGUAUCCGUCUUUGGUAUCUGUCUCGCACGUUACCUGGCCGUUUUCCCGCUUUCCAAGGCUAUCAAUUGGUUCCUUCGUUAUCGGGCACGUCGCCGUGGUGUCGAGGUUGCAGAUGAGCUGCCAUUUGCCUACCAAGCUAUGCUCUUCUGGGCUGGAUUGCGUGGAGCCGUCGGUGUUGCGCUAGCAGCUGGUCUCUCAGGCGUGAAUGCCCCAGCACUUCGAGCCACCGUCUUAGUUGUCGUCGUGCUGACUGUCAUCAUUUUCGGUGGAACCACGGCACGCAUGCUAGAGAUCCUCGGCAUCCGAACCGGUGUGGUGGAGGAGCUUGACUCAGACGACGAAUUCGACAUUGAGGUCACUCACGGAGGAACCUACUACAAGCGCUCCGGUACAGGAUUGGGCUACACCCCACGCCGCGCCGACUCCGUCAUCCCAAUGGACGGUGUCACACCUGCAGCUCCACGCGCUGGUCUCGGGGAGCGAGCCGACAGCUACUCAAGCGGCAACAACCGCCGCCCAAGCCCACCACACUCUCAUACGCGCAUGUACUCCGCGGCAUACAGCAACAAAGACCAAUCCUGGCGCGACCGCUCCUCCGCCGCAACUCUACUCGACGGCGAUGCCGCUGGCCCGGGCAGCGAUGAUGAAUUCGGCCUGCCACCCUCCGGCACCAGCCGCUCCAACCACCCCGUCGACCCAGACGAGUUCGAGGUCUCCGACGACGACCUCCCACCCGCCGCAGAGGCCGCCUCCCGUCUUCGACGAUCAGCCUCCCAGCCUUCAAACUCGCCGCACGGCCCAUCCCCCCACGCAGCCUCUACCAGUGUCUCGCCUUCCCGACAGGCCCCAGGUCUCACUGCCCGCGAGGCACUGCGGGAUCUAUGGUCUGGUGGUGCAUCCGGCGACCAUGCAGCUUGGUUCCGUCAGCUCGACGAGGAUUACAUCAAGCCUACGUUGUUGCUGGAUCAGUCGAACCAUAAAGGUCCUGGCCCUGGAGCGGUCUAA